GUCAAUCAAUCCUAAUGCAAUGCAUACCGAAAGAGAAAGGAGAAAAAGAGCAGAAGACACCCACACAAUCAAUUCAGAGAGCAGCAACAGCAAAAUUCACAGACACACGAGCAAAUGCCACACGCCAAUCUGCGUUCAAGCAGCGGCCUCGCCACCCAGCCCCAGCCCCAGCCUCUCUCUAAUCGACACCCAAACCCUCUCGAAGCUCUCCUCAUCGCCGCCAGUAAGCUCCAAGAUGUCUUCGCGCGACAUCGGAGUCAGGUUCGACGGCUCGAAGAGUCGCUGCACGUCCUCCUUUGUCGUGUCAUCGCCGAGGGGGAUGGUGUGCAGGGAGAAGUGGCUGUAGCAGUAGCCGUCGUAGUAGGUGCCUUUGUUGUCGCAUUCCUCCGGUUUCUUUGUCCAUUUGGCGUGCUCAGCGAAGGCGAUGCGGCCUCGGUCGAGGUCGAUCCAGUAACCAUACUGCAGGCGCAAGAGAGAGAGAGAGAGAGAGAGAAGGAACAUCUCCACACAGGCAAUGUGUCUGCAUCUUUCCGUCCGACACGGACCUCUUUGUCGUCAUACGCACUAACUGGCCCUUCGUCGCAGUACUUGCCCAUGCUCAACACCUUCUCCAGGCUCAGAGGGCCACCACCUGUCACCUUUUCCGUCUGCGACUGCUCACACACACAGACAGAACAACAAAGGCACCAUCACAUCGAUACGCUCAGCCACACGUCGGUGCAGCUUGCCUUGUACAGCUCCUCGUCGUCGACCUCCUGCAGAUUCUCGAUCUGCCCCUUCCACCGUGUGAGCUGCGGGUCAUCCUUCAUUGCCGAAGCCAGCUGCUGCACCAGUGCGACGCCCAAGCCAUCAGGGUAGCUGUCCCAGUGGUUGUACACCGUCACCGUCCGGCCCUUCCACCGGAAGCCGCCCACGCCGCGGGUCGCCAU